AUGAGCACUAAUGAGCUCGAAAUCUUGGGACAUAUCCUCAUCGCUGCUGCGAAAACCGAAAACUCACACUAUCCAUUCAUCAUUGACGUUGAUUUGUUGCAGGGCGACGCUACCUUCACUCGAUCAUGGAAUGGGAUCGUGAAAGACUGCAAGCGAAUCGCGCACAAUAUCCCCCAACCCAUCAGAGAUAUCGUUGGGAAACAUAUUCAAACCAGACGAGACAGCAAUCCAGCCUCUCGACUUCCAGAAUCGUUCUGUCAGCCCGACAGCCCCAUUGCCCAGAUAUCGCAAACGCCAAGAGAGGUUUCGCAAUCCAUAAGUGAAGGUAUACCCUCAACUAUUCGAGCUAGUUCUAUUACUGAGGCAGAAAGGGGUUCAGAGGAGUGUGUCUCGAGUUCUUUGAGCCAGAAGCAACUGUUGGCUCGGAACCCAACUCCCGUGAAGAGUACUUCAAAGCGAAAACAGCCUCUGCCGCCCAUUCUUCUCAAGGAUCUAAAAUCUUGGGUUGAAUCACCAAAACAGUUUUUAAAUCUUGAGGGAAUAAAGGUUGAUGAUUGUGGUAUCAUCCCUUACAUCCGAGCAGUUGAAAAUUCUCAGUAUUUGAAUACCAUUAGAAAGCGGUUCGUCCUGCGACAGCUGGCUGAAUCAAAACGACUCUGGGCACCUCGAACAACGAAGACCUUCUUUGAAAAACUCGCUACGCCACGUUCGACUCUCAACAAUUGGAUAUACGAGGGUGGUAACUACGCCUCACUCGUUGCAAAUAAAGGCCCCGAGGUCCUGUUCUCAGAACUCAAGCCAAGAACCCAGAAAUCUAAGAAGAAAGCCCCGCCACAAGGGAAAAAACGAUCCAUCGACGACCUCAUCACGGGCGGUAACAUUGAAACAGAUGUCAGAAAUCAUCAUGCCAAAGAAGCAAACAACCCAAGUUUAACAUUUACACAUGAAGAACUUCAGCUUCCUAAGGUAUACUUGGCUGACGAGACUGGUGAGGCUGUCGAGGCUGUCGAGGUUGACGAAAAUGGCGUUCCAAUCCAGGAGUUAUUCAAAGCCGCCGCAAAAGGUAUCGUGACAUUCUUGGAAGAUUUGCAUCGGCAAGCAGGACUUCUUGAUGACGAUGAGUCACAAGAUUCACGGAGCGCCACAUACUCGUGCCAGUCUGGGUACUGUUCAUGCCGGGCUACGAACGACGACACCAUGGUCGAUGCCGGUCGAUCCUUGCGACAGAGUCCCACAGAAAGGGCCACCGAUGAUGGGAUCAGUAGUUGUGGAUUUGGAUGCACAUCGACUAAUUCCACUGCUUCUCUACCUGGCGAACAAGUUGCAAUACGAGGCUUGCAGGAGCAUACAAGCUGGAACGCAACGGGACUCCCUUCGCCGUCGCUUGUGGAACCAGGACAAGAGGGUACUUCAUCAGUUUCAGCCUCCAAGCAGUCAGCCGGCUUCUGGGCCUCGUGUAGACACCUCAAACUUGCUCAGCCAUGGAACUGUCACUGCAUCGGCUUUGACGUCUAUUUCCUCCACAUUGCCAUGUUAUGUCUCGCCAUCUCAACCCUCGAAUGGCUAUUUGAAUUCGCAGGAUGA